AUGAUCAUCAAGGGAAAGAUUGUUCGCACACAACCAUGGCUUGCAAAUGGGGCUCUUGAGAAUGUUGAUGAAAUCAAGGGAUGCAUCGCGAUAAUUGGACGAGGCGGCUGUCCCUUUACGGAGAAAGCAAGGCGUGCAGAGGAAGCUGGUGCAAAGGCUGUUGUCAUAGUCAACCAUGCAGAUUUCUUGUUCAACGUCUUGGGAAAGGUUUCCAAUAUCAAUAUCCCAGUCGUCUCCAUCACUAAGAGCGAUGGCGACUCGUUACAGAAUGGAAUGUCUGCUGUCUUACAAUGGGGUGAAAACCCGAAGAAGGCACUUGAAGACUCGAAGAACAUGGAAGUGAAGGAGCUUGCCGAGAAGGAGGAGUUCCCCUACAGUUUCAGAUUAACCUCCCAGCUAGUGGAAGCGAAAGACAUGGUUACAGAAAGAAGAUCAGAAUAUGUCAAUCUGACCGUCAUCUAA